GACAAAGAGCAUAUCUCUUGACUUGGAACCAGACAAAUGCCAACAAAUACCAGCGAGCAGAUUAUACCUUGGUCACUUUCUGAAAUCACGCAAAACGAACGGUGAUAAACCCAUGCUACUGCUUUAUGUCCCUUUUUUUUUCCGACGCUUAUUGCUGCCAUCCUUUACACACAAAUCCCCUCAACCAUGGAGCUCUUAUUCAACGAGCACUCGGCCCUGGCCCAGACAAACCUGCGAGCACUCAUUCUCGACCCCGAGGUCUGGAAACUCCUCACCCCGGAGCAGGUCGCGCAGGUCCAGAAGUACUGGCCCGGCGACUCGUACAACGGCGACCUGUCCGCCCUGGCCAGCAACGACCAUCUGCGUCACGACAUCGCCGAGUACCAGAAGGCACUGGCAGCCGGUCAGCAUGAUCCGGAGUGGCUAAGACAGGCCAAGGCUGCCAACAACCUGAGGAACGUGCUAGCAGCUGAUGUCGGCACGAACCCGGCGGCGGAGAAGUCGGAGGAUGACCAUGUGGGCCACGACGCAGAGCAGCCAAACAUGGAGGCCGCAACUAUCGACUCGGCAAAGUCCGAUGUUGCCGCCGCGGCCGAGGGCGCUGGCAGCGACGGUGCAGACAAGGAAGUCGACGCUUGACGAAGUAGGGAGGCUGCUUUGCGAGAUGGGGGUGCAGGCUGGCGCCGGGCUUGAAGCUCAGCAAGCGGAGAUCCCGAGCAAGAAACAGGCUCUCAGGCUUGUUGACAAGACGGAUCAUUCCGGUAGAUGGUACCAUGCCCCCCUUGCCCCACGCAUGAUCUGGGUAGAUGGAUUCGUUUUUCGAACGACGCCUCGGAUGAACCAAGAUAGAUGACAAAGCUGGCGGCUACUACUUAAGGACUA